UUUAAGAUCAAUAAAAAGGUGGCGUCGCUCACAGAACUCAUGGCCGGCAUUAAAGCCGAGCCUAAAGUGACGCAAGUGUUUGAGUUCACGGCGUGGCCAACGGGGCAUAAAGUACCAUCGUCAACUAAUGCUCUCGUCGAACUGAUCAACAUGGUUGAAAGGUGGCGACAACGUACCACUUAUGGACCCGUUCUGGUCAUCUCCGCAAAUGGCAAAUCACGAGUGGGAGUGUAUUGUGCGGCAAAUCUAGCCAUUGAACAGGUGGUCGCUCACGAAGAAGUGGACAUUUUUAAUGCCGUAAAGACUGUUAGAAGACAUAGACCGGCAUUAAUUGAAAAUAUU